CAGAGGUGGUGGGACCAUGGAGGUAAGCAAGAAGAUGGAAGUGGUCACUAAAGAAGCACUCCUUCACCCACUACCAAUGCACCACCACGGUUUGGAACCGGACCUUCUGGGCUGCUGUGACUGCUGCGACUGCUGCGGCUGUUGCUCCUUGCCUGACUGUUGCUCCUGCCCCAGUUGCAACAGCUGUGGCAAUUGCUGCUGCUGCUGCCCGAGCUGCUGCUGCCCCCCCAGCUGUGGAUGCUGCUGCCGGCUCUGCUGUUGCCUCCCCAGUCUUCUGUGCAAGUUACCCAAGUUCCCCAGCUGCCCUGUGAACAUCAAGAGGUUCUUGAUUGUCCUGAUCAUCAUCGUCCUUGUCGUGGUGAUCAUCGUGGGUGCUCUGCUGAUGGGGCUGUUCAUCACCCAGGCGCACACAGAGACGGUCUUGAAAAUGACGAUUGAAGGGAGAGAGUCACAGCUGAAUCUCUCCCUUGAUCAGGAAGAAGUGGCCACUUUCUACGUGGAUGAUAGAAUCAAUGACCCAGCCACAGUCGUUUAUUACUUCAGCAAGCUACUGAUUGGUUACAAAUCCUGGAAAAGAAAGGCCUGCUUCAUCACCACAAUGGACAAGGGGAACAUCCAAGGUCUAGAUACUAUCCUGAAAAAAUUCCAGACCAACCUAUCCAUCACAUUUCCCAUGCAGCGGGAAGAAGAGACAUUCCUUCUGCCCCCAGCUGACCCUUCCACCUUGGGUGCUACAGUUAACAUCCUCUGCAGCCAUGUCCCGGUUUUCUGGAUUUAA